CUGGACUACAUUAUCAUAACCGGCGACUUCGAAGCUCACGAUUCAUGGGAUUACACGCAGGAUUUGACACGCGAAAAUAUCCGCAAUGUAACUGCUCUUCUGCUCGAGUACUUCCCGAAUACUCCUAUCUAUGUAUCUAUUGGAAAUCACGAAGGAGUACCUCAAGAUGCGAUGGCACCACAUACAAUGCCAGAAUAUGACCAGCGAGGACCACAGUGGUUGUACACCCUUAUGAAGGAGAUGUGGUCCAAUUGGUUACCACAGUCCGCCCUAGCGGAUGUACAGUACCGCGCCAGCUAUGCAAUAUAUCCCAAGCCUGGAUUAAAGCUGAUCUCCAUCAACACUAUCUACUGCUCGCAAAUAAACUUCUAUUUGUACAUAAAUCAAGUGGAUCCCGACGCUACACUUGACUGGUUAAUCGAUGAGCUUGUUGACUCAGAAACCAAAGGAGAUAAGGUGCACCUUAUCUCUCACAUCCCUCCUGGAGAUGACUAUUGUCUCAAAGGAUGGUCACAUAAUUUCUUCAAAAUCGUGAAAAGAUUCGAAAACACCAUUGCAGAGCAGUUCUACGGACACACCCACAACGACCACUUCCAGGUUUACUACGACCCGGACGAUAACAUGCGACCAUUCCACUUCAACUGGAUAUCUCCAUCCCUCACAACGUACGACUUCAAUAUGCCAGCGUACAGAAUCUAUACUAUUGAUGGCGGUUAUACAGGAGCCACCUAUGUGAGUAACACAGUGGUGAGAAGUCAUACAAAAAGGCUGAGAUUAUCAGAGAAAGUCAAUGAUUGA